AUGACGGUCGAAAUCACCAUCGAGGUCGAAUACUAUCGCCCUGUCCACGUCGACAGCUCUUCCACAACGCUCCUUCUACAAUCCCCCGUCUCUCCCGAGCGCCAGCUUGACAACGGGAUUCUUGUCCGGCAGGACCAGGGGCAAUUCAAGAACGCGGUCAGCUUUAAACCAGCAGCACAAGUGCACAAAGUCAGCCGUGGCUAUCACAGGACAUAUGCGCAUGGCGUUCUCAUCCAGUCCAGUCCAGACCGAAGGUACCGCAAGGGCGAUCGAGUCUGGCUGACGGAGACAGCCCACGAGGAUAGAAACGUGUCAGUCCAGAAUCAGACUAGCAUCAUCGCCGUUAACUUGCGCACAUGGACGCCCAUGACCAUCGCACUGAGCCACGUGUGCUGGGUUCCGAAAUUCCGCAAGAUCGAGCGCGGUGAAGAUGAGGAGGAGCUCUUGACCAUCUCCGGCCCACCAGUGAGAAAGCAAGAUAGAAAAUUGUAUCUUCUCGCCAUUGUUCAGCGUCUCAGACUGAGUAACGACAGUACUGCUGUUGAGAGAGUUGAACUACGAGAAAUUAUCGAGCAGGACUCCUUCAAGUACCAAAACCUAACAGCACUUCCCGACGGAAAGCGGACGAUCUCUGAAUUAUUCCAUCGCAGUCUUGCAGCCGUGGCACCGGCCUUCUUCCAAAUGGGUCCCCAAUCAUCAACCACGCACCUGUCAAAUACGCCAAUGCCACAAGUCGGGAGAGCCCCAGACCAGUCUAUGAGUCUGGUUACCCCGCCGCCUGAAGAGCAUCUCACCCAGGAGGGCUCCCCUGACUUCAGCAUCAGCCUUCCGCACAUCGAGGACGAAGUUGACCCGGACGUGAAGAGGAAAAUUGAGGAGCUUCAGCGUGUGGUCGAGGCCAAGAAGGCCCGGAAGUGCAAACCCCUUCUGCCAGCCGCCCCGCCCCCAGCAGACAUGUGCAAUCUCGGGGAACGGUGCCCCACUCCACACCGCGUCUUCUUCCACGCAAACCGGCCCAGCCUCGAGAACCCGUUCCCACGACACCACCACCGGCCGGACCACGAGUGCCAGAUCGGCGCGGCGCACGCGGUCCACUGCGUCUUCAGGUUCCUGGAGGGCAGGAACGUCCCGGACAAGAGGCUGUGCAUCAUCCCGGCCACCGUGAGGCACCACUGCUGCGAGACGAACGCGAGGCCCGUCAACAAGACCUUCCGCCGCAGGCCCGAGAUGAUCGACGGCGGGCACGGCAGCGUCCAGGUCACGGGCGGCAGGGGCACCGUCAGCGUGGUGUCUGGGCAGGACCUGGAGACGGAGCAGCACUGCGGUGUCCCGUUUGAGGUCCGCCCGAUGCCGCUGGUGCCUGAGCGGGAUCUGGAUGAAUUGGGGUGGCAGCUGUAUAAUAAGGUCCGGGGGUUGGCCGACGGCGCCGUGCGGUCCUCACCCGUCGACCACGCCGGUGACUGUGAUGAAAGCGACGACGAGGCCACCGAUCAGUGUCAACUCCAUGCCGUCCCUGGGCUCUCGCGGGAACACGAGCAGAUCCACCAGGGUCGGCCGUGCCUGCUGGCCAACCCGUCCCCCGGCGCACCACCUUCUGCCCAGACCUCGCCGCCACCAGGCAUCGGCUCGGCUGCUUCCCGCCCGAUUGUCCUAGAUGGGGAAGAUGAAGGUGGAGAAGAGCCUGACGCCUUUGGAGAACGGCAUUUCUACGGGGACGAUGGCUUCGACGAAGAGAUGGAACUGGAUGAACACUGA